AAAUAUCCCAAUUAUUUAAGAGUUCCGUCAGAACCAAACAGUAUUAAUGUUGUGGGAGACAGUGGCAUCGACAUAACAAUGAAUAUUUUUCUAUCUUGUCUUUCUAAUCUCAUGUAAUCCGAUAUGCAUUAUCUAUUUGCAGGUAAAGUCGGAUAUAGAAUUGCAUAAAAAACACUUAAAAGCUCACUUGAAACACAUUUGGAACUUAGCUCCAAUAACAGAGAUAUAAUCAAAAUGUCAUCAACAUCCCACAACAUCUCUAAUAUGUUUCUCCUGACGAAUAAAAAAAACCAGUAGAAAAAUAGAGAUCGCCAGCUCCAAUCUAGUUAUCAGAGCUUCGUCCAUAAUGACGAUAUCAAUUUACUUUAUCACCAUAUCUAUACCCGCGUAAAAAAUGUAGUUUUCUCGCCGCGCAAAAUGCUUUUCUUUUUAUUCUUGGGAUGUCGAUCACAACUCCAGCACUUUUAGCCGUUUUAUGAUGUAUAUCUAAUCCGCCGUAAGAGUCAUCGAGGUAUUGGGUUGCAGACCAUGUUUCCGUCAUGAAAAUAUAUAUUAUACCUGUAUCAUAAAAGUAAGAUUAUACGCACUCAAUCAGCAUUAGGAGGAGUCUUCAAAGAGUUUUUAUUCGUUGCUGGUGUCGGGUGCAUUGUGCUCUCUCAUCCUCCCUCUUCCCUCUCUCUCCCUCUCUUCUCUGGAAACCGGCGUGCGAGUUGAUAGGAGGGAGGUGGGAUAGUAUUGAAUGUAUUAAGUAAACAAGAAAAACCAAACGGUGUCCGCACCGGUGGUGUUACUUUCACUAAACCAGUCAUUCGAUGAUGGUGUCUAUCCCGCUGAAGACGGCUCCGAAGGCACCAUCGAAUGGGAACUUUUGCGAGAACCACACUUCACCUGAGUUAAACUUCAAAAAGUACCCUGCCUUGUUUAAUCGAAUCCGCUUCAGAAAAUAUUAUUACCAUUGCAUUGCAGCAGAAACAAACGUGUUUUCACCCAAGAGAGACAAUGAAGGAUGUUAUUGGUAAAACAUGGUAAAAGGUUAUAGAAAAUAAUCGAUUGAUUCAAAUGCAUAUACUGGAUGUAUAUGCAUGAGGAAAUUUGCGUCUUUUAUUUAGAUGUUAUUUCUUAGAGGACAUUCAAGAAGUGAUUCUUGCUCAGAUCGCCAUGGACGAAAUAAUUUUGAAAUUUCAACUACAGGACAUCGAGAUGCACAGCUGAGAGGAGCAGAAGCCCAGAAGACGUGCAAGAUUGUAUGCGCGCGAAUAUCGUCAGAUGAUACUCAGAAGGAAAACGAAAGAUUUUAACAUUUAUUUUCUUCUUCUCCGACAAGGCAUAAUUUGGGGGUAAGUGGUACCAUAUUUCAAAGCGAUAAUGACAAUGUCUUUAGCGGACACCAUGCUGCAGACUUUUUACGUUCCAACCGCAAAACGAGGAGGGACGUGGAGACAGGACGGUGGUAGUGGUGACGAAACCCCUUACCUGGAAGCUAAAAGACAACGGAUGCUCUUGCGAAGCUCCAACUUAGCGGUCGCAGGAUUCCCUUACUCCUUCCAACCCUUGUCAUAUUUACCAGCAGACUCCGAGGCUAUAAAUCGCCGGAGUAGUCGUUUGCAAAAUGGAGACGACUUAAAAUCCCGGGAUACUACCCUUGGAAUGAAAGUGCACAAUACCUCGGGCUCGACGCCGCCGAGAGUCAAGCCGGACGUUCGCUCCAAAGAUGACCGAAGCGCCGUGGAUCGGUUGGGCAAGGAGACGCUGGUGAUGGCUCAGCGGGCAUCCAAGAAUUCGGCAGAAGUUGGUGAUGGUGUCACGGUGGAUCCCAUACAGGAGAGAAGAGACUGCUUGAACGAAUCGAGGGCGUCACCACCGUGUACCAAGCCGCUCAAGUUUGGCAUCGAAGCAAUACUGUCCAUCGACAGCAAGCCACCUGAAAAGAAAAUGGUCAAUUUAUCAGAAUACACACAGCGCAUCCUCGGUCGAUCGGUGCCAUCCGCAGCAAACAGCAUACAGUACGGCCACGCUACGCCCAAAUCACCGGGUAGCAAGCACGCAGCGGUGGCCAACCCCAGCCCAAGAUCACCCUGGAAUAACAACUCGACACGCCCACUUGGUCACCCGGUAGGCAGAUGGGAAUGUUUCCCUGGUAUUGCUGAAGCGGGCAGAUUUGGCUGGGUUACAAGAGAUCACUAUCCAGAACACCAAGAGAACUUCCAAUCACGUCACAGUCCCUUCCCAUGGACCCGAACCUCGGACCCCACCAUUCAGCAUUGCUACCAACUCCAACCCACUCUACCACCUUCGCAUCCCACCCUACCCCGGUCCUUCCACCAGGCGGCUGCGGCAGCUUCGGUAAUGCGAUCGAACCUGGUGCAGGAGAUCGGGCAGGACAUCAAGUCGAAUAUCGGUGGCAGCGGUGGGAUCAACGCCGGUAUAUCAGGGAACCACAAACGCAAGCGGUCUUGGUCAAGGGCUGUAUUUACAAGUCUACAGAGAAAGGGCUUGGAGAAACGCUUUGAAAUCCAGAAGUACGUCAACAAACCAGAAAGAAGGCAACUUGCGUCUGCCCUGGGCCUCUCGGAUGCUCAAGUAAAAGUCUGGUUUCAAAAUCGGCGUAUGAAAUGGCGGCACACUCAGCAAUUCAACCGGCCACAUGGCAUACCAGAAGGACAUACAGAAGACGUACAAGCACAACAACAACAACAAGACAUGGACAGUCAUAUGGAUAAGGAAAGUGGUGAUUCAAACAACAAUGAGAACCAGACCGAGAACUGCAUGAUAAUGAGAACGGAAUUCGGGGAAAGCACAAUUGCUGAUUGCAAUAGCAGUGAUGAAGAAAUACAACAGUGAACAGGGGAAAAAAUUGCCAAAGCAACGGUCCUGUCCUGGCAUCAUUUUAAUGGCUUUCGGAUCUGUCGAAAUGGACAAAAGCUUGACUUUUGCAUUUUGUAACCAGGAUCCAAGCUAUGUGGUUUGUCUCAACAUUACAGGAGUCGUGGGAGACAAUGAAGUGUACAAACAAAACUAAAGGAUACAAUUCCAUUAAAUGUACAAAAAUCACGUUCAGAUGACAGGAAUUAUUGUAAUUUAUUUGUAAAUGAAACAGACGUUUAUGAACUUCAAGUUGAUUUUCUAUAUACAGAUGUGAUCGCACUAUCGCUCAAAAAAAGAAGGGGGGGGGGGGUGGCGCCAACAACUUAGAACAGACGCUUAGAGCCUGCAAGGACCGCAAGUUAAUUGCCUGCACACAGUCAUUUCGAGUAUAAAUCGAAUAAUGAAUCUGUUAACUUAUUUCUUGACAUUAUCUCUAAAACCGAUUAGCAAUUUUUUGCAUCACCCAUUUUUAUCUUACAUGUCAAGAAUAUCAGAAAUAUCACUUUGUUCGAUUUUUUUUUAUCAAUAAAAGACAAUUAUUUUCUUGUUUCAUCCUAUCUCGAAUGUAUCACCUGCAUGCUCUUCCUCGUAACCCUAAAUCAGUAUAUCCAUCUUUAUCAAGAUUUUAUCUCAGGGAUCUUAAUGGCUUUUAAAAGAAGGACUUAAGUUAAUUUAUUGGUCGGAAAUUUCUAACCCAAACCCUUUAUAUAAUUUCAACAAAUUAAUCACUUUCAUUUCUGUUUAUAAAGACAGAACCACUUCGAUUUUGAAUAUUAAAUCCUAGACAAAAUUUACUUACCGUCUGCCUUUAAUCAUUUGCCUAUUCUGUAACUGGGCGGUCCUUGUACAAAUUCUUUGGGGAUUACAGAAUUUGGUAGCCUGUAUAUAGGCAAUUUGCAGAAGACAUUUCUUAAUUUAACACAUGACGAAAAAUAUGAACAUAAAUUAUCUUUACGAUCUUAUACAUAAAAUGAUUGAGCAUAAUGUCUGAUAGAAUAUAAGUUAAGAAUGAAAGUACAUACCAAAGGAAUUACAUUAUCUUUGAUUGAAUCGAGAUUCCUUUCUCUUCCUCACUAUAAACAAUUGAAACGCAUAAUUUGACAAAUAACAUAAAAUGGAAGUUUAAAGGGGCAAUAGUCAUUAUUAUUAAAACUAAAUAUCCCUAAAGACUAGGAUUUAUCUUGAUCUUUAAUUUGUCUACCUCAUAUACGCUCAAAAGUUGCUCUUUUCUUCCAUAAUUACCAUCUGAAUUAUAUGCUCCGUCCAAUUUCUAUAGGUGGAAAUACAAUAGGCAUAAAAUAUGUAUAUAUCACCUUGAAUACGUAAUACCAGAUAAACAAUGAUUGAAAUUUAUAUUUCUUUGAAGGCAUAAUUUCUCAAAGAUUCGUUUUAAUAAAAAAAAAAUUACAUCCAUCAUGUAACAUCAACGUAAUAACAAACUAUUUUAAAACACUCGCAUGAUCAUGAUAAUGCGGUACUUUUCACUUUGUAGUACUUCACACUGAAAAAGUUAAAGGGAUGAAUGGGAGGCCGUGGGUUCGAUCCCUGGCCCAGUCAUACCAAAGACUUUAAAAAAAACGGGACCUUCUGCCUUCUUGCUUGGCG